AUGAUGAGCGCUUUGGAGAAACCGCAUGUUGUGGCAGUGCCAUUCCCAGCACUCGGACAUGCAAUCCCAUUGCUCGACUUUGCUAGGCAGUUGGCCUCGCAUGGUCUCCUCGUAAGCUGUGUCACCACGGCUGCUAAUUUACCCCGCCUGCAACACCAAAUGUCCGAUGCUAUUUCAUCCGGCCUUGAUAUUCGCUUCGUAGUCCUUCCAACCCCCGCAGUGGAAGGCCUGCCCGAGGGAAUAGAGAGCUUUGAUAAAGUUCCUACGGAGCAGUGCAACCUCAUUUUUGAUCUGGCCCUUGCGCUAGAGAACUCCUUUGAUCAUUGGCUUGAGGGUGUGCUUGAGAAUGGAGGGCAAGAAGAGAGAGGAGUUCCUGUUUGUAUCAUAAAUGAUAUACUUUUGGGGUGGAGUAUGGAAGUAAGUAAGAGACACAAUAUCCCCAGUGUGGUGUUCGAUACGUACGGGGCAUUCGGACUGAGUCUGCUGAAUUCUGCAUGGCUUUCUGCGUCGAAGAAUGUUUUGAAGAAAGAAGGGGAGACUCUUGUGCUCAGCUUAGAUCUUCCCGCUCCCAUGCGAUUGGAGAAACACGAAAUAGAUGCUGGAUUGUUCGACCCAUUCAUGAUGAGUAUAAUAGGCCGUCUGCAGUCGAUUAAUCAAGGAUCCGGAAUGCUUGUGAAUACUUUUGAGGAGCUGGAGGCUGAUUAUCUGCAACACUUGAGAAAUCUGACGGGGAAGAUGGUAUGGUCCAUAGGCCCACUGCUUCCACCUAACUGUUUUGGCGGUGCAGUGAAAGGAAGCUCCCGAGGGAAGAUGGCGGACAUCAGCGAAGAGGAGCUGGUGAGGUUUCUGGAUUCACAAAGCUCUUGUUCUGUUGUGUAUAUUUCGUUUGGAAGCCAGACCUUCUUAACUGAGGAACAGAGUAAGGCCCUUGCUAGUGGGCUCGAAGCCAGCGGGCAGCCAUUCGUUUGGGCUAUCAAAGUUUCCCCUAAGAUGGAACCUGACGCAUCUGACGCACCAAUCGACUUGGCACGAACAUAUCUUCCUGAGGGGUUCCUGGAACGAACAAAGAAUAGAGGGUUGGUCAUAUGGGGUUGGGUGCCACAGCUUGUUAUCCUCUCCCACCCAUCUGCGGGUGCCUUCAUGAGCCACUGCGGAUGGAAUUCUAUGCUUGAAAGCGUAACUCUGGGAGUUCCAUUGAUCACUUGGCCCAUGUAUGCAGAUCAACACUUCAAUUCUAAGCUGGCAGUGGAGUUGGGUAUUGGAAUCCAACUCUGCGAACAUAGAACUGGAAUUCCAGACAUGCAUCGAGUGAAAGAAGCUCUGAAUCUAGUUUUGGUUGAUGACAACAGCAAAGAGAUCAAAAGAGCUGCGGAAAAGUUGAAGAGCGUGGCGAGAAAGGCUGUUGGAUACGGAGGAUCUUCAAAAGCCAAUUUACAAGAUUUUGUGGGUGAGAUUCAGAAGUUGAAAAUGGCAAGAAAGGCUGUUGCACUGCGAGCGUAUUUGAAACCUCAAAUACAAGAAGACUUUGUGCCUGAAAUCCAUCAGUUGAGUGUUUCUAAAAACUGUAUAGAUGUUUCAUCACCUUUGGAAUAA